AGCCACAGAUUGAUAUUAUAUUCUAUUACCAAGGUGUACCACACGGCAUUUUCGGCUUGGGGUCUCAUAAGCCAACGAUAUUAUCUGCAGACUGACCCCGCUUUGUCCCUCCGAGUCAAUAACCCCUAGAACUUGCAAAUAGGAGAAAUCGCGCGCACUAGCUACUUGUUUCAUGGCCACAGCAUCACGCUCCCACCUAGGCCUAUUGCCACGGAAACGGAAAGCCAGUGGAAUUCCCUACCAAAAUAUGGCAGCGGCCAAACCUUCACAGCUACAAUGGUUCAAGGAUGCUAUAGAGGAGUUGGACGAGGCUGCGCUAGACCAGCCUCUAAGAUUCAAUUCGAUAGGCGAAGUCAGUAGCUGUGAAAUGUGCAUUUUUGGUCCCGCGAGAUUUGACGAGGAGGGAAAUCCAGCGUUUUACGUGAGUACUCAUGUCUUUUCCCCCACUGGUUCUUUUGGUAGUUUAUAAUUGAAGUGUUCAGGGUAAACGACGUUCUAUACUCACAGGUCAUUGAUAUAUACAGUUCCCCGAUAUUUGUUUUGAUAACUACUUCGGCAACUUACCUAGCGGGCUUCACCCGGACAACGUGGUCCGAUAUAAAUUUCAACUUACACGGCUCAUGCUUCUUAUGCACAUAUGGCUUGUCCAGCUCGGGGACAUAGAACAAAGAACACUCGAAAAUAUCCAACGAGCGCACGCAUUUUGGAAUUCAAUGAACCUAAAAACCGUUGACGGACGAAUGUAUGCCUACUACCAGAACUGGAUACCUGAUGCUAUUUGGAGACUAAGAUGUGACAUCGUUCGAAUAUGUGGCCACGGAAAACCGAAAACUGAAUCACGCCCAGGUCCAGUAAAAGCGGUCAAAUUCCCUUUAUUGUCAGAGGGCAGAAAACAGUGUCAAGCACGGCACGAAGCGUUUCUUAAAAGAGAGGCGCAGGCAAAGAACGAAUCCAAGAAGGCCACAGAACACCAGCCGAUGAAAACCUUGUGCUCUCAGGUAGUAGGCGAGCCAACCGAUGACGGUCCUUCUAAGCCAAAAUCCCAACAAAAUAAAGCGGACAAUUCCAAAAUUGAAACUGAAAAUAAGCCACGUAUUCCCUACUCCGGUCGAAUUACUCGGUCAAGGCACGCAAUGAUGGAGAUGCAACGACAGAAAUCACCCUCAUACUCACCAUCAACUGAUAGUGGUGAUACUCUGGAGUCCUGGGAAUCAUAUCAGAAACUCCCGGUCGUUGAUCUAUUUGGCCAUGCAAUACAAGCCGGUGAAGAUAUCAUGCCGCCUGCAACUGACAAUGUAACACGCUCGCCUAAUAAGUAGUCUACAUACGUAUCUCGUCACCGCUACACCAGCAUGUCGUUUCCAAAUUUUCAACAAGUCGUACUGUCAGUUGCCCUAACAGAUCGGCCCUCUCUUUUUCUUUGGUUUUAAGAGGUGGAUGGGAGAUGAG